GAAACAUAUCAUAUUCAUACAUCAUAUGAAAAUGUUAUAUAAACAUGAUUAUAUUAUAUAGUAUAGUAGAGAAUUUCCCUGCACUGCACUAUACUCACUAAAAUGAAGAAACAAUGUUUCACAGAACCAGAAACAAGUCCAAACCAACAAGUAACUUUGGAAUAUUGUUGCUGGUUCGAAGAUGCAUGCAUCCUUGACAUGGAUUGCUUCAUUAAGACCCUUUCAAACAUCAAACAAAAAGGUGUUCGUUCCGAUUUAAUCGGUUCCAUCAUCACUCACUAUGCUUCCAAAUGGCUCCCUGACCUUGAAUCUUCAAAUUCAAAUUCAAAUGCAAAUGCAAAUUCACCUGAAAGUGUAACAACAUCAUGGAUGAAGAAAAGGUUCUUUGUUGAAACCUUAGUCAGUGUUCUUCCACCAGACAAAGAUUCCAUUCCAUGCAACUUCCUCCUUCGCCUUCUUAAAACAGCAAACAUGGUUCUUGUCGAGUCUACUUAUCGAACCGAUCUUGAGAAUCGAAUUUCAUGGCAGUUAGAUCAAGCUUCAUUGAAAGAACUCAUGAUACCUUCUUUCAGUCAUACUUGUGGGACCCUUUUGGAUGUUGAGCUUGUUAUUAGGUUGGUUAAGAGGUUUAUUAGUUUAGAUCAUGAUGGAGUUAAAACUGGUGCUGCUUUGGUUAAGGUUGCUAAAUUGGUUGAUUGUUACCUUGCUGAAGCUGGUUUGGAUGCUAAUUUGAGUUUGUCUCAGUUUGUUGCACUUGCUGGUGCUCUUCCUAAUCAUGCAAGAGCUACUGAUGAUGGUUUAUAUAGAGCCAUUGACACUUAUCUUAAAGCACAUCCAAGCGUGUCGAAGCAAGAAAGAAAAAGUCUGUGUAGGUUGAUUGAUAGCAGGAAACUCACACCAGAAGCCUCACUUCAUGCAGCUCAAAACGAACGGUUGCCUGUGAGAGCUGUUAUUCAAGUUCUCUUCUCCGAACAAACGAAACUCAACCGUCACGUUGAUUGGAGUGCUUCUUUCAGUAGCUUGAGGAGUCCAAGUGGAUACGGUGGUGUGUUGGACCCACAAGCACGGUGUCUUUCUAAGCGCGAAAUGAACACACAACAAAUGGAGAUAAAAAAACUGAAGGAAGAUGUUUACAGGCUGCAGAGUCAGUGCAAUGUCAUGCAAGCACAGAUGGACAAGAUGGCUGAGAAGAAGAAAAGUUUCUUCAAAUGGAAGAAACUUGCUUUUAGUAAAAGCAUCGGAGAGAUGGAGAAUGUUGAACAAGAUGAAGCUGAAACUGAAUUUGGAUUUGGAAGGCAAACACCUAUGGACAUGAAAACUAGUACUGUGGUCAAAAGUAGGACUCCUCAUAAGUGGAGAAAAUCUAUGUCCUGAUAGAGAGGCUUUCAUUGUUAAAUAAAAAAAUAAAAAAAUUAAGGUGUCAUAUAAGUGUUUAUUGGAGAUAAGAAUUUGGAAAUGAUGUAAGAUAGAGACAUAUUUUGGAAUAAAUUCAAUAAAGAUGUGGGGGUACAACUUGGACUGCAUAACUCAGCUUUGUAUGCAACAGUUAGACAGUGCUACGUUAUUGUGAAUAUUACUCAUUUUUAAUGUACCAAUUUGCUUUUAAUAUGAUUUGUUUAUUAUCUUCUAGUAAAAUGUUGUUUGGUA